AUGGGAGAUUUCGGCUGGGCCUUUUCUGCCGACAAGUCCCCUGCCCCGGCGCCCAGCUUCAUAAGUGGCGUCAAGGAGGCGUUCGGCGUCAGCCCCUGCGCCUUGGGGCUGUCGAGCGCCGCCCACGCCUGCCUGGGCGCGCAGGACAUCUGGGGAGCUCCUGUACCCCUCGGGCUGUCCGUGACGGCAGCCGGCCUGGCCUUCGCGUUGGGCGCACUGCUGGUGCUGGCGGCGCAGGCCUUGUGCUGCUCUUGCUACGUGACCUGCAGGCUGGUGCUGACGGGCGCUUCCGUGCUCAGACAGACCGACAAGAUGCGCGCGGUUCCGAGAAAGCGAAGGUCAUUGGUGGGGCUGAAGCCGGGGGACGUGGUCUUCGUCAACUACGGGGUGGACGAGGAACCCUGGCAUGAGCGCCUGAUCCUCGCGGUCGUAGACCACUGCUGUUACAUCAUCUUGACCCCAGAUGGGGACAUCUACGCGGAGACCAUCAGCCUGGAGUACCUCCAGCCCGUGUACCGCUUCUCGUCGAGGCCGGUCGGGCAGGAGCUGCAGGACUUGUUCGAGGAGGGCCGCGCCAAGGCGGCCGAGGAGAGGCGCACGAUGGGCAUUCUGGAGGACGAGCCGGAGCCGCCACCAGCGUCGGCGGGAGCCGGCGCGAGCGGGGCUCCCCCCCUGCCUCCCUUGGCGGGUUCGCCUCCUGCUGGGUCAAGCUCGGAGCUCUUCAAGUGGGUGUGCGUGGCGCGGUCGGCACAGGUGAGCGUUGGCAACGCCUUCAUGCUUGCGGCGCAGCACCACACCAUCGGUGAUCCCGUGGUGCUCUACCGCGUGGAAGUGGUGGAGCAGGAGGUUGAGAUGAUCGAGCACUUCAGGCGCUUGACGAAGAAGGACGGCGACGUCGAGGGCACGGACACUCCCCAGGUGCGAGCGCCAGGAGUAUCCAGCGCCGAGGACGCCCGCACCUUGCCUGUGCUGCGCGACAGCGCGGGACGGCGCUUCAGGGACAUGAAGAGUGUGGCGAACAGUUCGGAGAUGUGUGCCUUCGACGACUGGGUGCUGGAGGGGCCGCGUACGGCAUUGUACCUGGUGAAGGAGAUAGCUAAGCAGGCGGCGGGCCCCCUCCAGCGUCACUCGACCUGGAAGCACGAGAACAAGCUGCAGGAUGACGAGCACAAUGCGGUGACGCGCGAGAUGCUUUCGGAGAUCCUUGAGCUGGCGACGACGUUCGACCAGCUCGACGUGUCGAACUUGGCGAGCAUGGAGAGCCUGUGCCGCCACAUCCAGUACAUCGAGCAGCGCAUCAAGAAGAAGCGGGAGGCCGGGAAGGACUUCGACCUGCAGGACUACUACCUGGGCAGGACGCGGCGCACCGGCGGCGCGCUGAUGGCCCCGGAGCUUCAGAAGUGGGUGGCCGAGUCGGCGGCCCGUGAUUCGUCCAUCUUGAAGGUGACCUACAGCUCUCCUGAACAGCGCCGAGGUCCUCGCCGUGCUGCCCAACGUCUGGGCAGGAAGGCGGCCAUCGGCCGACGCUCGAACGACUGCAUCGCCGCCCUCAACAACCUGUAUGGGGACGGCUCGUUUUUGCCUGGAGGAAGACCCUCUCAGGCACAGUUCUCGGCGCUCGACGGCAUCCUGCGCGCGGUCACCGAUGACAUGCCGCCGGACCCGUUGCCCGCCCCCGAGGCAGCCCUUCAGGAGUUGCUCGGUACCGAGGCCCUCGACUACGCGUCUGAGGACCUCUCCGUGGUUGCACCGUAUGAUCGCGGCUUGGUCUCGUGGCCGGACACCGCAGGCUCGGUGAACUUGCUGGACGUGUUGCCAGACCCUGACCGCCAGGAGGUGAUCGACGGUCCCCGUGCGUUUCUGCUUCGGGCUGAGGAGGGGCCGCCAGCGACCUGCAAGGUCUACUGGGACAAGACGCUCAAGGCGGACAGAGGCGAGUACGUCAGGUUCGUACAGGACCUGCUGAACAGGGGCAUGGUGGAGCUCCGUACUCGCCGUGAUUUUGAGGUUGGGAUAUUCUUCGCGCGCAAGAAGUCAGGCAAGUUGCGCCUGAUAGUGGACGCCAGGUCCGUCAAUCAGAACCUCAGGCGGCCCACUUCAAUCCAGCUGGCGUCGACCGCGGCGAUGGUCGGGCUGGAAGCGGAGCCUGGGGACAUGCUAGAGUUCUCGAUUCAGGACAUUGCUGAUUGCUUCUACCAGUUCAAAGUGCCGGACUACAUGGCGCAGUGGUUCGGGAUGAAGCCCGUCAGGGCUGGCGAGGUGGGGGCCAAGACCGUGCAGGGCGAGCCGGUCCUUGCAGGCGCCCGGGUCUACCCCUGUCUGCGGGUGCUGCCCAUGGGCUUCUCGUGGGCCAUGAGAUGGACGCAGCAGGCUCAUCGAGAGCUGCUGCGCCGGGCAGGGCUUGGGGGCAUCGAGAGCGAGCUGGUGGACCGCCAGGUGCCCCCGCGACUGGCGGCCAAGAAGAUGUCCAACAUCGGGCUGCCGCUGCAUGAGGUGGAGGAGGGCAAGCAUGUUGUCGAAGCGCUGGGCCUGGAGCUGGACGGCAUCAAGCUUCGGUGCCGCCUGGCCUCCUCCAAGCGGUGGCGGCUGGUGCAAGGCACGCGCGCGCUUUUGAGGCGGCGGCUAGUGGCCGGCAGGGAGGUCGAGAAGCUGGUCGGCCACUUCACGCAUGCCAUGUUGCUGAACCGCCCAACGCUUUGUAUCUUCCGCUCCGCCUACGACUACGCUCGGAAGCACUACCGGGCGCCUAGCUUGCUCUGGCCUUCAGUGAGGCAGGAGCUGCAGAAUGCCAUGCACAUCAUGCCGCUGCUCGCGGUGCAAUUCGAUAUGCCGCGGUCAGGGUUGGUCACCUGCUCCGACGCUACGCUGAGGGGCUACGCCGUGCAGGAGGCUGACUUCCCGGUGUCUGAGGUCAGGCAGGUGGGGCGCUGGAGUGAACGCUGGCGCUUCAAGGUCGAGGGGGCCGGCCGGCCUCGGGAGCCGGCCGGCCUCGGGAGCGGGCGGCUGCAGCUGCGCUGGGAGCCCACCGGCGUGAGGCUCACGGAGAGGUGCCUGAGGGACCGGGCUCGAGCGAGGAUCGCUGGUACUGGUGGGCCGACCGUCCUGGAGCAGGAGAGCGCAACGGCGAAGACCAAGGAGGACUACGAGCGGAGGCUGGAGCGGUUCUUCGGCUUCUGCAGCAUCAACGGCCUGGCGCUCGACACCGACCUGCUGCUCGAGGAGGCCCUGGCGGAGUGCAUGGACCUCCUGUUCGCGCAGGGGGAGCCCUGCAACAGCGGGGCCAAGCUGCUGGCGGCGGUGGGCCAUCGCUGGCCAAGGCUCCAUCAUGCCGGGCGGUUGCUGAAGCUGCCGAGGGUGGCGAAGGCGCUGCAGGGCUGGCGACGCCUGGCGCCGCCCGUGACGCGGGCGCCCGUGCCGUGGGCCGCCAUGGCGGCCAUCGCGCUGGCCUUGGUCAGGUGCAAGCAGCCACUGGCGGCUCUGGCAGUGGUGCUGGCGGCAGACGCCUACCUUCGGCCAGGCGAGCUGCUGUCGCUCCGGGCCAGCCAUGUGGUCCCAGCCCAGGCGACGGCCGGGGGGGGCUACCGCUUCGCGUCUCUGGUGCUGAGGCCAGAGGAGGAGCUGCAGCCGACCAAGACGAGAGGCUUCAACGACUCGACCCUUCUGGACAGCGUGUCGAGGCCCUACCUGGGCGUGCUGGUGGAGCGGCUGGCGAAGCAGAAGGGCUUCUCGGCGGAGCUCCUCUUUCCGCGGUCGGCCGCGGCUUUCACUGCCAUGUUCAAGCGUGCCGCGGCCGACGUCGGCCUGGAGGCUUGGGAGCUCACGCCGUACAUCCUCAGACAUGCAGGCCCGUCACACGACUGGCUGACCAAGGCUCGGUCCCUGGGCGGCAUCAAACGGCGCGGAAGGUGGAUAUCCGACAUGAGUGUUCGGAGGUACGAGAAGAGCUCGCGGGUAAUGCGGCGCCUGGCGACACUGCCGCGAGAUUGCCAGCUGCUGUUGGCCGAGUCGGCCAACAACCUCGAGGCAGGGCUCAGGUUCGGGCACGUCGGCAGGUUCGAGAGCAG